UGUCCAACCCCAAGCGUACUUACUAUUUUCCCUUGUGAUACCCGGCGAACUGACUCCCCGCCAAACUGUUUCUUCUAAUGGGUCCGCUCAGCUGGUGCCAAGUCUUUCUCUAAGCUUCACUUCCAUUUUGCAGCAAACCGCGACCGCGUACCCACGCGUCCGCCCGCAACCAUGGAUCCCAGCUACAAUAUGGACGUUGACGAUCUCUUUGGGGAUUCAGAACAUGUAAAUCUCCAGACCAUCAACGUGAGCCCACCAGUAAAAGGGCUCGCUGGCCGAAUCGAUGAACUUGGAACUAGUGGGUGCUGCCAAAAAAUUGCGUGGUCAAAGAACGGAUGCGUUGCCUACAUCACACCAGAUGGGUAUACGGUCAACCUCAAAGUCUUUUCCAGAGACGCCACAACCGGAAAAUGGGAUCUGGGAAAGGAUGUUCAUCUAGAAAUUCCAGAAGGUCGCGAUGAUUACCAGUUUGUCCAUCUCUAUUGGAGCCAUCUAGGCAAUGAUCUUGCUGUCAUGGACGCUGCCGGCCGUGUAAUGAUAUUCUCCUGCGCUAUGGCUCUGGACCGCAUGCAGUUUAUCAGAACGGAGCUAGCUCAAUCAGAGUCUGAGGUAGAUGGGGUUGUCGGAAUGCAUUGGCUAGCUAUUCUUCCAUAUGAGCAGAAAAACCAAGUGGCGUGGUCGGCCGUUCGUGACGGCCUCAAGUGGAAAUGGCAUGUUCGCUCUCAUGUGUUUCACGAUGCACAUCAUCCGCUCGAUGGGAAAGCAUCGUUGAUAUAUCUCAAAAGAUAUGGCGAGCUGAAGCUCCGUUUUCAACAAAACGACAACAGCUGGCAAGAGGUUUCGACGCAAUUAGGACCCAUGGUUUCAACCAAGGAAGCAUUUACACAUGCUGCUUUUGCUUCUAACAACGACGACAGCCUGCUGCUAGCAGCGUACGAUGUAAAGAGACGCCUUUAUAUGUUUCGAGUAGAAGCAAUUUGGAACAUACCGCAAGAAAAGCGUACCCCAAAUUCAGGUCCAUUUGACAAACCCGGGCUGCACGUCUCUUUGAUGGUCGUUGAAGACAACUGCAAUCCCAUCGAUAUAACCAGCGACGACUUGAACAACGGGAUCGAAUCGAGAGGCACAUCUGCUGCUCAACUUACGCACCUCAACUUUCUUCCAAUCACACCCGAGCAACAAGAUGGAUCUUUACCUACGAUUCAAGCCAUAUUCUGCAGACCUCCAAACCUCAUCUCGUUUGAUCAACUCCACCCACAAGAGCCUUCGUACAGUGUCAUAGUCAAGUGGACAAUUCAUCAAACGCAGCAGAACCAGCUGCACUCAAGCCUCGACCAAAUCGCAUCCAAAAAGAAAAGCGUGGCUUCUAUUCCAGCCCGCACUACCUUCCAGCUCAAGAGAAUCACAGAUUUUCCGCUGCAUUCAGUUGUGCUAGCUUUCUACCCGAUUUGGUACCACAUGAUACUAGCACUUUGCUAUGCUGAUGGUACCAUAGAGUUCAGGAAACGGUCCACGAUGGAGACCAUUGUACCUGAUGGCAAUACAGAUACCAUGACUUCAUUGUUACAGGCAGGGUUCAGUUUUCCUCAUGCUGAAGCAUCGUUACACGUUGCACUGUCACCAAAUCAUUGCAUGGCUGUGUGCAUGUCUCAGGAGGGCACAAUCAAGAUACGGAGCAUGGAAUACCAGCAUGGCACUCUAUCAACAGACGACGAUGAUCCAAGACACUCUGCUGCUCUCGCUGCUCUCAUCUUACAGUCAUCAUCCGCGGCAAACCAGUAUUACUCUAGCGAUGACAUCUUCAGCAUUAUCGGGACGCUCACAGAGAAGCGAAAACAAGACUUUAUCAACCUACUCUUCGAAGGCCUGCAAGUCGACAUCGAUUGUGGUAUCGAUGACAUGAGCAAUCAACAUCUCAUGUUGCUAGGUCGCACACCAUUCUUCGUCAAAACACUAUCGGCAAUGCAUCUCCUCGGACUUGAAGGGUCAGUGAAUCGCUCACUAUCUAGCAAAAUGGCCUGGAUAAUCCUAAACAUCAAAUACGUAACGCAAAUCUUGACGACCAUCGCCCGCAUGCACGGUAUCCUCGACAAGACAUCCCUCCGCCCCGAAGUCGUACCCCGGUUUAUCGGUAUCUGUCGCUGGAUCAUGCACUUCAUGGCCUACACACUCGACGAACUCUUCGCCCUCGGGCGCGCCGUGCAAGACAUUCCCCCCGCGAACCUCACCCGCGAAAUUCUCGAACAAAAGAUUCAUGAGAUGAACAACCCCGCCGUGCUCCUCCUAUUGUCCGCCUUCCCCCGUGCAAUGAUGAAACUCUGGGCCCAACCCAUCGCCUGGGUCAAACGUUCUGCCGAGGCCUUUACGAACGCGACUUCCAACACAUCGCCAGAAGUACGUAAACUGUACACCCCGUUGCAAGCCGCGGUCUCGGAAAUCCCCUUCGAGUGGCGCUGGUUCGAGGUCCUCGUCUCAGAAACACACACGAUGGUCCGCGGACUCUACAAGCGAAACAACAUCGAAGAUGCGCAGAGGAACAUCAUCGAGCGUGAACUCCUGCUCGGAAAACUGCCCGAUGUAUUGUUUCCCGUUGCCCGCCGCCUGGUCACGGAAACGCUGUGGAAGGAUAACCAGCAGGGCGGAUGUCUGGCCGACAAACUGGAUCUCGGCCGUCUGAUGUUCUUCGACACGACGUGGCUCGGUUUUCAGGAAAGUAAGCGCGGUGCCGAGUGGCACGAGACGCACGUUGUAGAUGUCUGCCAGAAGAUGAUUAUCCGCGGCGUCGGGACGCAGACCCAUCCCAUGUCCGGGUCACAGGACAGGAAUCACAGCGAUAACACGGGAGCCGGAAAUGCGGAGGAUACGGACAAGAAGAAGAAACAGCAGUUGCGUCGCUGUGUGAGGUGUGGUGCGUAUAUGGAGAAUGUCAUGCAGGGGUCGGCGGGAUACACACCACUUCAUGCUGCAUGGUUGAUGGGCGUGGCGAAGCAUUGUGUCUGUGGGAAUAGCUGGAUGCUUGCGCCGGAGAAGAAGCGUGCGAGAUGAAAAGUCUAUACAUUAUUACGUAGAAGUCAUAGAGACG